AUGAAACUUUUUGUCAAAGCGGUAAUCUCGAUCUUUGGAGAUGAGUACUUGUGGUCUCCAAAUAGCAAUGACAUUCCUAGAUUGCUAGCAAUUAGUGAGAAACGGGGAUUUCCAAGACUAUAUUUGCAACCUUGCAACCCCAACAUGCACUGGAAAUGGAAGAAUUGUUCGACUGCACGGAAAGGUAUGUAUACUAGCCAUGCACAUGAGCCAACAAUUAUUUUGGAAACAGUGGCAUCUUAUGAUCUUUGGAUAUGGCAUGCAUGUUUUGAUUUACCUGGGUCACAUAAUGAUAUCAAUGUACUAGAAAGAUCUAAUAUAUUUACAAAACUUGCUGAAGGUCAUGCUCCUAAAGUUAACUACUCAAUCAAUGGCCACGAUUAUACUAUGGGAUACUAUCUUGUAGAUGGAAUCUAUCCUUCAUGGUCUACAUUUGUCAAAACCAUUCCAACACCACAAGGUCGUAAAAGGAAAUUGUUUGCAUCAGCUGAAGAAUCUGCGAGAAAGGAUGCGAGCGAGCAUUUGGAGUUCUACAAGCACGCUUUGCAAUUGUUCAUGGCCGACAUGAUAUUUUUGUCAAUCUGUACUGAAAGAUAUUAUGAUGGCAUGCAUAAUAUUACACAACAUGAUCAUUGA